AUGGCCAUUUAUACCGUCCUUUUUUCGCUACUCUCCCAUCCGGUCCUCACUUGCGUCUUCAUCCCCAUCACGGUCCUCGUCCUACGCGCUCUCUACCGAGUCUCUCCUUUCCACCCACUCUCUCAUAUCCCUGGACCUCUCCUCCCUCGUCUCUCCUCGCUCUGGCUCACUUACCACGCCUGGAGCGGUGAUGAAGCAUCUCUGGUCCACUCCCUUCACCAGAUAUACGGACCCAUCGUCCGCACCGGUCCUGACAGCGUCGACAUUGCCGACGGAGCCGCUUUAGCCGCCAUAUACCAUGAAAAAGGUGGCUUUGGCAAGGUCGACUUCUAUGCUAACUUCGACAUCGACGGGCACAAAUCCAUCUUCUCCGAGACAGAUCCCACGAACCGGGCACCGCGUGCAAAGGCCGUCGCCGGAUUAUUCUCCACCAGCAGUCUCAGACAAGGCCAAGAUAUCAUCUACCAAUGUGUCGAUCGAUUCGUAGCCCGCUUGUCGGAGGGAAAGAAAGAGGACAGGCGAGGAAGGCCUCUGAACGUGUUGAAUUUUACCCGAGGAUUGGCCGUGGACGCGGUCUCAUCGUACUUACUGGGCAAGACGUAUGGGGCGCUCGACGAGGAUGGGACCCGCGAGGAAAAGCAAGCGGUGCAGAAGGAAGGAUCGGGAUCAGGGCCUGCCCGUGACGACCACAUGAGUGCCAGUGGCAUGGUCGAUUGCUUCGUCGCCGUCGGCCGGUUCUGGUAUUUGCCACCGUGGGCCUUUAAGAUCGUGGAAUCUCUCGAUGCAUGGUGGAACGCUGAGCCGGGCGUCUCAAACAGCCUCGACGUCGUCGACGCCUUUGUGGCUCGUGUCGUUGACGAUGCCGAAGGAGUGAUUCGGGCCUCGGAAUCCAACGACGAAAAGUCGACGCACCCGUCGACAUCGUACCCGGCACGGUUACUUCAAGCAGGCUUCACGCCCUCGGAGACACGUGCACAGUGCAAGGACCUCAUCUUUGCGGGCACAGACAGCACGGGCAUGAACCUGGCAACGAUCUUAUUCCUGCUCGCGAAGAACCCUACCGUCUACGCAACACUGCGCGAUGAGCUCAAGACCGCGGGAGACCCAAGAUUCGACGACCUGCAAUCACUCCCGUACCUGCGCGGUGUUGUGAAAGAAGGCCUCCGUCUCUCCAUGGCGAAUCCAUCACGCCUCCCUCGCGUCGUGCCCGCCCAAGGCUGGACCUUUAAAUCUACACACUUCCCCGCCGGCACAGUCGUGAGCUGUACACCGUACUCUUUGCAUCUGAAUCCAGAUGUCUUUCCGGAUCCAACAGCAUUCAAGCCGGAACGUUGGCAGGAGCCGUCGGAAGAGAUGAUGCGCGAUGCCAUACCCUUUGGACUAGGCAGUCGGCAGUGCAUUGCGCGCAAUCUGGCCACGGUGGAACUAUUCUGUGCCGUUGAAAGAGUGGUGCGUGCCGACGUUUUACAAGGUGCUAGGACAGUCAAAGAUAAGAUCGAGAUCCUCGAGUGGUUUAAUAGCAAAGUUAUUGGUGAAAGGGUAGAUUUGGUUUGGAAAUAG